CGCCUCGACGAGUAUUUUAUGGUGAUAAACCCGAGGAAUGUAGUUGAAAACUGCCUAAGACAAAUCCAAGAACUCAAAUGGCGAAGCGCAAGAUCUGGAAUUAUAUUUCAAAGCCAAUGGGAUGGUGAAGCCAUUGCUGAUCAUGCAAGUUAUGAUGCUAAUGCUGCUGCCUAUUCUAUUGCCAAUGCCAAGGGAAAGAUUUGGGAUUCAUUGAGUUCAAAAAAAGCGUUACAAGAACAAAUCAGAGUAACUGCCAAGGAGAUGGAUGAAUUAACGAAAUCACUGGUGGCCCUGCGGCGAGGGCAGAAUAUAAAGAGAGCUGGGAGAAAAUUGAAGGUCGUUGAAAGAGAUAUAGAAUGCUUGAAGAAGAAAAUGACAUUGAUGGAUCAAAAGAAAGAUGAAGCAUACGAGUGCGUUUUUUAAUUGAGAAAACAAGAGAGUACAUCAGUUCUGCCAUUCACCAAAUAAAAAUACACAAUGCCAUUGCAACAAAUUUUAUCGUCUCUUUCCGCAAGAACUCAAGUAGUUAGUGACAUCAUUGCAUUCAGCUCUUGUUUCGGUUUCCCUUCAAUGUGAUCUGUUUUGCGGUAGCAUAUCCGCUCUAGCCAAUCGUGACAACGUUCAUAUAUGUGGGCCCACUUAAAUCAUUUCAACCAAAGUAAAGCUGUAAACUGGAAUGUAUUACUUUCAGUAUAAUUA